AUGGCCAGCUCUCAGUCUGACACGGAUGGUGUACUAGGUUACGCAGCAAUAUUUGAUGGGGAAGCAGACAGGAAGUAUCUAUGUCCAAUAUGCCUCGUCGUGAUGCGGGAUGCCGUGCAGACAUCUUGUGGUCAUCGAUUCUGCAGGGUUUGCAUCCUUAAAGUUGCUGGUGGCAAUCCCCUCUGCAAAUGUCCAGUUGACAACACCUACUUUGACUUUGAUGAUGAGAUGUUUCCUGACAUUGCCAUACAACGAGAGAUUUUGUCGUUGCCGGUCAAGUGUAACCAGGUGGCUGAAGGAUGCCCCUGGGUAGGGGAAUUGAGAAAUCUCGAGACCCACCUUGAAGGUUGUGACUACAUUGAGAUAGAGUGUGAGUUUGGCUGUUCCCGAGGACGCUUGCUGCGGAGGGACGUAGAUCUGCACAAGGAGACGUGCGACAAGCGUCCCACCAUAUGUACACAUUGCAGUGAUCAGAUGCCAUACAGUGAAAUCACACGUCACCAGUUAUUGGAGUGUGACAAGCUGCCAUUGAAUUGUACGCAGUGCGGUCGAGCGGGGAUCAUGCGGGGUCGUAUACAGUGUCACCUUGACAACGACUGCGCUCAUGCCAUUGUUAAUUGUCAGUUCUGGAAGUAUGGCUGCAAGGUCAAGGAGAAACGAAUGAACAUAUUUGAACAUGACACACAGUCGGCCAGUAGGCAUAUCAAACUCCUGGAAAAGCAUGUAAGCAUGCAAGACCAAACUAUCGAGGACCUGAAGAACCGUAUGAAGUCCAUCUGCAGAACCGCUAUCGAUACAAAUUUUGAGAUGUCACUCAAAAUAUCAAAGCUACAGGAUUGCUGCUAUAUGGGUCGAUUGCAGUGGAAAAUCGAGGUUGUACCUGGGGAAAACAAGUAUCGAAGUCCUUCAUUUUAUACCGGUUACCCUGGAUACAAGCUUCACCUGUCUUUGGAAAAGAAGGGUCACAUUGAACAAGAUCAGGCCUAUGCAUCGCUGUUCGUAAUUCUUGAAUCAGGGCAGUUUGAUAAUGAUCUGUUUUUCCCGCUUAAUGCGGUUUGCAAGGAUCCAACAUGA